AACAAAACAGACAUUCACUGACCAUACACAACAAAUCUCUAACAACAACAAAAAAUCAUGUCAGAGCACAAGUACUGUGACUGGAUCUUGGAGGCGAUUGAUUCACUACAGUCCAAUAAAACCAGACCAGACAUGGAGAGGAUAUGUGGGAGGGUAAAAAGGAAGCAUGGGUUAGACCCAGAUCACACCCGUGCAGAACUGGAGAAACUGGUCCACGAACAAAAGCUAGUCAAAGUUAGCUUCAAGGGCUCCAUUUCGUACAGAGAUGCUGCAAAAGUGCGGAGGAAAAAGAGCGCGUUCACGUCAAGCUACAAUAUCGGCACGUUCAACAACAACAGCGCUGACAACGGCGACAGCAUAGACAGCUUCAUUGAUGAAGAGGAGUAUGAAGACAAGGAAGCUGAGCUUCCAGGGGCUAUGGAGAACCUUCACCCCCAAAUCCCUUUCCAAUCCCUUCCCACAGCCACUGUGCUAGAAAAUGAAGGAGGUUUCACCACACGAUUUUCAGAUUCAGAAGAGCCAGAAUGCACCUCGCCAACCAAAGAGGGACAUUCCAAACAUAUGGACAGAAUCUUUCAAGAGAGGCUGAUUGAUGAAAUGCGCUAUCACAAAGAACACGGUAAGAACUCUUCAAAAGGGGCACAUUGGGAAGAGAUCGCCAGGAAGCUUGGAGAAGAUAAAAAAACUUGCUCUACAAAAUGGAAGUAUUUAAGACGUCAAUACGUGAAAGCAACGAAGAAAGGCACCGUCAUCCAACCCAGCAGCAUCCUGGCUAAGAUGCACUGGCUUUCUCCAAAUGUGGCUUCAGAUGUCCCAAUGUUGCAGCAACAGGACCCAUGCACACAGACUGCUGACAGCAAUGGACUCCACACUGGACCUAACAGAGAUGGAAAGGGUUUAAAGCGCCCCAGAAUGUCUUUUCCCUCCGAAUCCUUCAUGGACAGUUCUGAACACACACAAGACAACACAUCCUCUAGUGGGGGCUGUUCAAGAACAGGGCCACCUGUAGAAGCUGUGGUUCACCACCCUGACUAUUUGCCUGCGUCAGCAAACUGCUCUGGGUCUCUCCAGUCUAAAGGAUCAGAACUGAGGAUUGUGCUGCUGGGUAAAACUGGAGUAGGAAAGAGUGCAACAGGAAACACCAUCCUGGGGAAACAGGCAUUCGGGGAAGAUUUCAUUUUUGACUGUGUCACUUCAGUUCCUGUGAGGCAGACUGCCAAUGUAUUUGGGAGACAGAUCACAGUGAUCGACACCCCAGGACUACUUGGUACGAAGACAGCAGCUGACCUGGGAAGUGAGAUAGAGAAGUGUGUUGACUUAUCGGUUCCUGGGCCUCAUGCUUUUCUGAUAGUGAUCAGACUGGGAGUGUUAUUCACAGAGGAGGAGAGAAACGCGGUCAAGUGGAUCCAGGAUAACUUUAGCAAGAGAGCGGCACACUUCACCAUGGUUCUCUUCACUCAUGAAGAUGUCCUGAAGGGUAGAGCAGUGGAAAGUGUUCUCAAUGAAAGGGUCCAGACUUUGAUAGACAGCUGUGAGGGUGGAUACCACACCUUUAACAAUGCCCAGCGAGACAGCAAGACACAGGUGAAGGAGCUGCUGGAAAAGAUAGACUCCAUGGUGGAGAAGAACGACGGAGAAUACUACACAAACAAGAAAUACCAGGAGGCUCUGAUCAGACAUCAGAGAUCAGACAUCAGAGAAGAUGAAAAGUCAGAUAAGAAGAGAGCCCUUCAAGAAAAACUGGAUAAAAUUAACAGGUCAACAGUGAACCUACCCAAAGAGAAGAAACACACCCAAGGGGAGGAGAAUAAGCCGUUUGUACAACGUGUGCAGCCUAUUGUCAGUAAUACCUGCCAUGACAGAAAAUCUUUCCACACAGAUCCAACUAUCAGCAACGGAAAGGGUGCAAAGCGACCCAGAAUGUCUUCUCCCUGCAACACACAAACAACUACAUCGGGACAGUCGCAAGCCAACAAGUCCCCUACUAAGAGACAUUACACCACAGGAUAUAAACCCCUGCAGAUGGACACAUGUCAGGCCCCAGCAGUGCCGGUAGUUAGCACUGAGCCCAUGUCACACAUUGAAACAGCCUCCAUAAGCCAACUGCUGCGAAAGACAUUGGACAACCUGCCUGAGGCUGAGUUUAAGAGGUUCAAGCAUAUUUUGGGAGACAAAUCUGCAAUCUCAUGGAGUGUGCUGGAGAAAGCUGACUGUGAUGACAUUGUGUACCAAAUGAAGCAAUGCUUUGUGGAAAACUGUGUGGAGGUCAUGGUGGACAUCUUAAGGAAAAUGAACAAGAACCAGAUGGCCAUCGACUUGCAGAGGAACCUCGAGAAAAAGGUUGGUGGGGUCAAGGCGAAUGUUACCGGAGCGAACAGAGGUGUGCAACAAGGAUGGGAUGCAAAUGUGGAUCCUGCUCAAGAGAGAAUUUCAAAUGUCCUCAAGGAGAAAAUGAAAAGUAAAGUACAGUAUAUCAUGGAGGGCAAUGACAAUAGACAAAACAAGAAGCUCUUAAACCAAAUCUACACAAAAGUCUACGUCACUGAGGGAGAGACUAGAGUUGUUAAUGAGCAUGAAAUCAUCCAGAUAGAUUCCGCUGCCAAGAUGCAAUCAUCACAGGGUAAAGAAAUUGAAUGCAACAACCUUUUCCAAGAUGGAGGCACCAGGUCUGUGUUGACCAAAGGGAAUGCUGGCAUAGGGAAAACAGUUUGUGUGCAUAAGUUUAUUCUUGACUGGGUGGAGGGAGAGGCCAACCACAAUAUCAAGUUCAUCUUUGUCCUACCAUUUAGGGAGCUCAGUUUGCUCACAGGAGAAUUCAGUUUUCAUGAACUUCUUGUUGAGUUCCAUCGAGAACUGAACAAUCUUAACAAUCCAGAUAUCUACGACAGCAAGAAAACUCUCUUCAUUCUUGAUGGCCUGGAUGAAAGCAGAUUUCCUUUGAACUUUUCCAAGAAGAUGGUGGCAGACAUGCAAGUGUCCACUACAGUGGAUGUCCUAAUCACAAGCCUCAUUAAAGGGAAGUUGUUAGAGUCUGCUCUCCUUUGGAUAACCUCACGGCCAGCUGCUGUUACCCAAGCUCUAUUAUCAUACAUUGACCAGAUAACAGAAGUCCGAGGUUUCAAUGACCAACAGAAGGAGUACUAUUUCCACAAGAGAAUCAAUGACCCUGUCCUGGCCAAGACCAUAAUUUCACAUAUCAAGGCAUCACGCAUCCUCUACAUCAUGUGCCACAUCCCUCUGUUUUGUUGGAUCACCGCAACAGUUUUCCAGAAAAUGAUUGCUCAAGCAGACAGCAGUGAAAUUCCUAAGACCCUUACCAGCAUGUAUUGCCACUUCCUGCUCAUCCAGACUGACAGGAAACACAAGAAGACCAGUGAUGCAAGUGAAAUGAACAGGCAGAAACUUCUAGAGUGUAACAGUGAAGUCAUUUUGAAAGUUGCCAAGCUAGCCUUUACACAACUGGUCAAGGAUCAAGUCAUUUUCUGUGAAGAGGACCUUGAGGAAUGUGGAAUUGGAGCUAAUGAUCCUCUUGUCUCUGGGAUGUGCACAGAGAUUUUGAAGGAGGAAUCUGACUGCUAUGUCAACAACUUGCACAAGAAGAUGUACUACUUUGUGCACCUUAGCAUCCAAGAGUUCCUUGCUGCCUUCUUUGCAUUUCACUGCUAUUUGAGCAAGAACCUGAAACCUAUCAAGAUCUUUCUGGCUCAAAAGAACAAAAUUAUGCCUGACGAUUUGACACUGGAUGAUUUGCUGAAAAUGGCAGUCAACAAAGCACUUGACAGUAAAAAUGGUCACUACGACCUGUUCGUCAGAUUUCUUCAUGGCAUCUCACUGGAGUCCAAUCAAAGGAUUUUAGGUGGUCUCUUGCCCCGUGUAGAAUCUGAUCCAGAUACCAUGGGAAGAAUCAUCAGCAACCUCAAGAAAGUACAGAGGAGGAAUAUCUCAGCUGAAAGGUGCAUGAAUCUCUUCCACUGCCUCAGUGAAAUGAAUGACAGCUCUGUCCAUGAGGAAGUCCAGGGAUUUCUGAAGUCAGAGAACUCAGGCGCUGUUAAAACUCUGUCACUGGCCCAUUGCUCUGGACUUGCCUACAUGCUUCAGCUCUCUGAUGAGGUGCAGGACGAGUUUGACCUGAAGAAGUACAACACAUGUGACGAAGGUUACAAAAGGCUUGUUCCUGCUGUGAAAAACUGCCGCAAGGCUGACCUUGCUGGCUGUAAACUCACAGAGAGCUCCUGUGACAUUGUGGCCUCAGCAUUACAGUCUGCAAACUCAGCGCUGAGAGAGUUGGACCUGAGUGACAACGAUCUUCAGGAUUCCGGGAUUGAGAUUCUCUGUUCUGGACUGAAAAGUACAAACUGUAAACUGAAGAGACUGAGAUUAUCUUGCUGUGGGAUCACAAAGACUGGGUGUGAAGCAUUGGCCUCUGCUCUGGAUUCAGAUCCGUCUUACCUGAAAGAACUUGACCUGAGCCGCAAUUACCCAGGGACUGAGGGACGGGCCAUACUCUCUAAACGGCUGAAACCAAGUUGUGUAAUAAGAUUUGACAAUGAGGCAGAAUACUGGUUGAAGUCCGGACUACGGAAAUAUGCCUGCAAAAUCACUUUAGACCCAAACACAGUCCACAAGAAGCUGAGUUGGAAGAACCAAAAGGUUAGUGUGGACAAGCAAGACCAGAGAUAUCAAGACCACCCAGAACGAUUCCAGCACUGUCAGCAGUUCCUUUGCACUGAGGGCCUGACUGGAAAAGCUUACUGGGAAGUAGACUGGAGUGGACGAGCUGUACUUGGUGUUGCGUACAAGAGUAUUUGCAGGGACGGACAAGAUGAGAGUCCGAUAGGAUGCAACGACAAGUCCUGGUGUCUGGAGAGAUUCAACACCUCAUUCAGUGCCAAACACAAUAACAACACUGAAGACAUCUCAACUCCUCGCUCUAAGUCUGGGCGACUGGGAGUGUUCUUGGACUGGCCAGGUGGAACUCUGUCCUUCUACAAUAUCUCCUCAGGAGCACUGACACACCUGCACACAUUCCAUGCUAAAUUUGUUGAACCUCUCUACCCAGCGUUUGAGGUUUCAGAGAGUGUUACUCUGUGCCAACUCAAAGAGCAAACUAAGAGACAGGAUAACGAGUCCUAAAAUGCUUUGUUGUGCCCACCCAAAGACCAUAUCAAGAGACAAGAUAGCAAUUCUUAAAAUGCUUUGUGGUGCUCCUGCCACUAUUGAUUUACACAGAGAUCUAUUACUUUACAUGGUAAUGGUGUAGUCAUGCUGCAGAAUGUCUCCUCUGAAUUUCUGCAAGUUUUUGUAAAUAUUGCUAAUAGGCUUUUUUGUAGUCAUGCUGCAGAAUGUCUCCUCUGAAUUUCUGCAAGUUUUUGUAAAUAUUGCUAAUAGGCUUUUUACCACCUUUCGUCUACCAGAAAUUGUAUCUGUAUUCCUACCAAUGAUUUUAAGUUGUUGAUGUUUCUUUUGCUUGUGUCAACAGUCUCUGGUUUUUAGUUGAAAUCACUGUCCAGCUAUGACUUUCAAUAGUUAUCUUAUAGUAGAAUGCCUCCACACAACUCCUUCAUGUUUGUGUAAUGAUAAAGAUUGCUAAAUAUUGCCUACCAGAAAUUCUCAGAUAUGUUUGACUGUGUUUAUAUCUAUAUUCACAUCGAGUGUUUCACAUUUCACAUGUAGUCAUUUCAUUUGUAAGAAUCUCUGAGGGUUUUUUUUAUUGUUUGCAUCAUCAGUCUAUCUAUGGUUAAUAAAAUGUGUUGAUGAGCUGAAAUCAGUAUUUAGUUAUGUACUGUAGAGUGGCCAUCGUAUAGUCAGGCUGUCAUAGAAUCAACAUUUUCGUAUGUACUGUAUUAAUAAAAUCAGAUAUGUUAUCUUUCAGAAACAUAACAGACAUUCUAAGAUAUUUUUUCACUGUAGUGUUGUGUUAUUGUCUAAGAGGGGGUUUGACAGUCUUUCAAGUUUUAUGUAUUGUUUACAAUAAACUUUGCUGAAUUGCUGAAUAUGUUGAUAUAAAAAAAACAAUAAAACAACAAUGAAAAGACA